AUGUCUUAUAAUCAACACCAUCAGCCAUAUACUGGGGGUCUAGAUAAUGGUGUCAACACAGCAGUUAAUGGCAAUAAAUUGAGUGAAAGUUUACAUGCAUUGAAUUUGGAUCAACAACAUUCAUUGGGUUCACAACAGCAUUCUUCCAAAAAGAAGACAAAGCGUCCUAUAAGAGCUUUUCAUACCGAAUUCAAUAGUCCAAUCCCAACAACUAGCUCCAGCCCUGCUCUUCCAUCGUCUCCUUCAGUCGCAGGAUAUCCUCCAAAUUUUGCCUCAGACGGCGGUUCGCCUCUAGUAAAUUCUCCAGGCCAAUUUCAACAGUCUUCUUUUGUAUCACAAGCACAAGAUCACCUGCAUCUGCAAUUUACAACAGUUUCUAAUUCAACAGAAGUCGAUCAAGCAAUUUUGCAGGAUGCUAGGAAUUUCCAUCAAAAUCAUGAUUUAUCUUUGCAGGAACACAGAUUCAAUUCUCAACGAGAAUACAGCACCCCUGAUAGUGAGGGAGUUUUUAAGUCAUUUCAAACAUUUGCUGAUACAGUGCCUCCUGAAGCAGGAACGCAAUUUCAUGCAAUAGACCAAGGAAAUUCCCUGUCGAAAUUUAUGAGAUCAACUAUGUAUUAUGUCCCGGAGUCAGAACAACUAAGACUGGCAACAAAAUUGCCAAUGUCGAUUACUGUGAGACCAUUUGCUCCCUUGUUGCCAACAGAAGAGAAAGUUCAAACUGUUGACUUUAGUAUGAAUGACCCAAACAAUACACCAGAGGACCCCUUAAGUAUUGGCCCUAUCAGAUGUCAUCGUUGUCGGGCUUACGUCAACCCUUCUAUGCAAUUCACACACAGUCAAAGAUUUGUUUGUAAUAUAUGUCAGUUUGCAAAUAAUCUUGUUCCCUCGGAAUAUGCUUCGGUUUUGGAUGGGCGUGGAUAUAGAGUCGAUAAGUUUGUUAGACCAGAAUUGCAUAAAGGGGUAUAUGAUAUUGUAGUGCCUAAAGAAUAUAAUUUUGGCGGGCCAGACAAAGAUUCAAACCCGUUGCAUGUUGUUUAUUUGAUUGAUAUUACUGAAAAUAGCAUUAAACAGAAUUUGCCUGUUUUGAUUACUGAUGCUAUUCGUGCUACUUUGUUCAGUUACAAUCAUUCUAGUGAAGAUGUUUCCAACGGACACGAUCGGGAUCUGCCAUGUAAGACAAAAGUGGCUAUUAUAGCAUUUGAUAAACGAAUUCAUUUCUUUAACUUGUCAUCAUCAUUAGAAUCGGCCCAGAUUUCAAUUUCUCCUGAUUUGGAGGACCCGUUUGUUCCAUUCAGUGAAGGGUUGUUUGUGGACCCUGAAGAGAGUAGAUUUGUCAUAGAGGAUGCUUUGAAUUAUAUUGAAAAUUUGGCAUCACAGGAUAGAGUUCCUGACUUGGAACCAUGUUUUUCUGUUGCUUGUCGCACAGCAAGUAUGUGCUUGGAUUUGUUUGGUGGUGGGAAAAUCAUUUCGUUACUAAGUAACUUGCCAUCUUGGGGACCCGGUGGAUUGAAAUACAAAGAUAACAAAAGUAUUGGCAGAACAGCUGCUCCUGAAGUGGAAAAAAAAUUGUUCUCCUCGGAUAAUGAGUAUUACAAGCUUUUGGCAAUGGAAUUUAUCGAGAAAAGUGUCGGUCUUGAUGUUCACGUGGUGUCACAUACACCUGUUGAUCUUUCUAAUGUUGGCUGGUUAGCAUCUGUUACAGGUGGAGAAGUCACACGUUGGGCUAAUUUUGAUUUCGAAAGAGAUGGUAGAGCAUUGACCGCCAAGAUUUAUAAUUCUGUGAAAAACAUCAGUGGUUAUCAGGGCCAAUUGAAAUUACGGUGUUCUAAUGGAUUACAAGUCACGCAAUAUUAUGGUACUUCUUCAUGUAUAAGUGACACAAGUAUUGUUGGGAAUAUUCAAGAUCCUGUAAUACCUGUAUUAAGCAAGGAUCUGACAUUUACUAUUUUGCUUGAAUACGACGGGAAAUUGAGUCCCAAAUUGGAUUGUCAUUUCCAGGCUGCUCUUUUAUACACUGAUCCAAACGGUGUAAGAAAAGUAAGGGUGAUCAAUUUGGUGUUAGCUGUGAGCAAGAGUCUAGAAGAUGUAUUUCAUUUUACCGACGAAAAUGCAGUUGUGACAACAAUUGUGAGAGAUACGCUAUCUUUUGUUGGUCAACAAUCAUUACUUGAAUUACGCGAAUCGAUCAACAAUAAAUUGGUUGAUAUUUUUACUCAUUAUCGAGCAAUGAAUGAAUUUGGACACAAUCGAGCCAAAACUCUAACCAAUAAGAUGUUGUUUCCUGAUUCUUUAAAGCAUUUGCCCUUGUACAUGUUGUCGUUCCUUAAAAGUACGAUCAUGCGUGCGUCGGCUGGUUUAACUGCAGAUGCUCGAUUGGCAGAUAUGUAUCAGAUGUUGACAAUGCCUAUUGAAAGAUUGAUGUACCAUCUAUAUCCAGCUUUGGUAGAAUUGCAUUCUUUGCAACCAGAAGAUGGUACACUAGAUGAGGCUACUGGGUUUUCGAAAUUGCCACUAUACAAGGAUUUGACUCUUAAGAAUUUGGAUCGUGGUAUUUAUAUUCUUUGUAAUGGUGAGCGUGUGUAUCUUUGGAUUGAUCCAGAAACAAACCCGAUGCUUUUGGAAGAUUUAUUUGGAACCAAUGUGGAUGAUAUUAAGAACAUAGACCCAAUGAUGGAUGAAUUACCGGAAUUGCCUACUGAUAUAUCUAAGCAAACUCGUGGCAUCAUCGAAUACUUCCAACAAGAGAUUAACGGAAUUUCUUAUCCAAACUAUACUGGUGUUUACAUAGUUCGUAAGACCAUCGAUGCUGCUGAAUUUUUGUUCAAGGAGUUUUUGAUGGAGGACGAUCUUGGAAAUGCUGUGAAAACAGCAAAUGGUCCUGGUUUUGCUGAAUAUUUAACAAGUCUACAUAAGGCAAUUCGUGUCAAAUUAGACAGUGAUAAGUCAUCACAAAGCAUCAAGCAAUUGGUUUCAAAUGUCGAGCAUGGUAAUGAAACCUUAGCCCAAAGAUAUAUACAUUUCUAA